AAGUGAGCGAGGGAGAGAAGGAGAGAGGCACACGUUUUCAUCCAAACCUCUGUUUUUCCACAGCCUAUCGCUUUGUGGCUCAGCUCAGUUCCCUAUUGUUUAAUCUCUUAGAACAGGACAGGGGGAAAAAAAAAAAAACCCAGCUCCGCUUGUUUAUAAACGGAUGCAGUGAGACAUUUUUUUUUUUAAAUCUGAUGCGCGGUGUUCUUGGCUCUGAAUGCUGCAUCCUUUGUCAACUUCUCCGAUUUCCCCACUUAGACUUGAGCUGCAUCAUGAAUAGUUUGGGGACAUCUUUCCAUCGUAUACCUCUGGAAUGCUCGGGAUUACACGGCCGAAACCAGGAGAGCAUGUAAACGCAGAUGGAGUUUGGGAUUUAUUGCAAAAUAAGGGAAAGAUGACCGUCUUCUCGUUGUGCUUGCUCCUGUGCGCAGAUCUGCUGGAUUUAGCCGUCGGAUAUUUGACAGUAACCAUAGAGCCACUGCCUCCUGUUGUUGUCGGUGAGACUGUAACCCUCAAAUGUAACUUCAAAACCGAUGGAAGGCUGCGAGAGAUCGUUUGGUACAGGGUCACAGAUGGAGGUACAAUCAAGCAGAAAAUCUUCACCUAUGAUGCCAUGUUUAAUACAAAUUACUCUCACAUGGAGGACUACCGCAGGCGCGAAGAUCUUGUGUAUCAAUCAACCGUCCGGCUCCCAGAGGUUCGGAUCUCAGACAAUGGGCCUUAUGAAUGCCAUGUGGGCAUAUAUGACCGGGCAACAAGGGAGAAGGUUGUCCUGGCUUCAGGAAAUGUUUUUCUUACAGUUAUGUCUCCUCCAAAUAACAUAUCAGUGCUGGCUGAGAACACUCCAGCCCCCUUCAGUCGAUACCAAGCUCAGAAUUUUACUCUUGUCUGCACAGCAAAAGGAGGAAAACCAGCCCCAUCGGUGUACUUUAAGCGUGAUGGCGAGCUGAUAGAGGUAAUUUCCUACACUGAGCCCUCCACCAGCGAGCGAGCAGCCGGCUCAGCAGGAUGGAGAGGAGCCAGGCCACUCAUCAGCAGGGACCUUGAUGAGACCAAACUGCAGCGUUCCCUCUCUCUUCUCGAUCCGGAAGGCCGGUCGGCCCGUCUGUACACAGAGAGCCCUCAGCGUGUGCACACGCAGGGCCAGCAGGCCUAUGAACCCAGCCCUGCAACAGAGGUCAUUCCAGAGACAGUGGUGAGCCGAGAGUUCCCCCGCUGGGUACACAGCACGGACCCUCUGUACUACUUUAGUCACACUCAGAUCCCUCAGAGCGACGGCUCUGUUGUGGUACAGGCUCGACUUACCUGGACCCUCAACCCUCAGCUGGAUAACGAUGCCCUCUUCAGCUGUGAAGUUAAGCACCCAGCRUUAUCCAUGCCCAUGCAGACAGAGAUCACUCUGGCUUCUCCUAAGGGUCCUAAACUCUUCAUGACCCCCACUAGGGCAAAGGUYGGGGACACAGUGCGCAUCUCUGUACAAGGAUUCCAGAAUGAAGUAUUUCCUGAGCCACUCUUCACCUGGACACGGGUGGGAGGCCGCCUACUGGAUGGCAGUGCYGAGCGUGAGGGGAGAGAGCUGAUCCUGGAGAGGGUGCCGGCAGAGCUCAAUGGCUCCAUGUAUCGCUGCACAGCCCAGAAUCCUUUGGGUUCUACAGACACACACACUCGUCUCAUAGUUUUUGAAAAUCCGAGCAUGAUGAAAAACACGCAGAAUCCGAACAAUGAAGCCACUCGCACAGAAAAGCGUGGACUGACGUGGCUUGCACUGGUUCUCACAGUUACAGUGGGACUGACGUGAAACUGCUUCUUCAAGACACUCUCCCUCACAAAUAUAGACACACAUUUUGCCCAAUCAAAACACAACAUCUGAAUAUGCACACAGAAAAAAAAAA